UUUAUCAAUUUUGCUGAAGCCGCAAUUUGUAAACAAUCUUAAAUUUUGUAAUAAAAAUCAAGUGGUGUAAUAAAAACCAUGGUUACUGCGAUUGGAUUUGAGGGAAGUGCCAAUAAGCUUGGCGUUGGUAUUGUUAAAGAUGGUAAAAUCCUUGCUAAUUGCAGGCGUACAUACAUCACUCCGCCUGGAGAAGGUUUUCUACCCCGUGAGACAGCAGAACAUCAUCAGGAGAACAUCCAUACAGUAAUGCGAGAGGCAUUUGCUGAAUCUGGUCUUUCUCCUCGUGAUAUUGAUCUGGUGUGUUACACGAAGGGUCCAGGGAUGGGUGCACCAUUGCUGGUUUGUGCUAUCGUAGCCCGCACUUGCUCUAAGAUAUGGAACAAGCCAAUCAUUGGAGUCAAUCAUUGCAUUGGGCAUAUUGAAAUGGGGCGCCUCAUAACAAAGGCUAAAAACCCAACAGUACUUUACGUGAGUGGAGGGAACACGCAGAUCAUCGCCUACUCUCGCCAGCGAUACAGAAUCUUUGGGGAGACAAUUGAUAUUGCUGUUGGGAACUGCUUAGACAGAUUUGCCAGGGUGUUGAAAUUGUCCAAUGCACCCAGCCCCGGCUAUAACAUUGAGCAAGCCGCUAAAAAGGGAAAGAAAUAUUUACACCUACCCUACAGUGUUAAAGGUAUGGAUGUGAGUUUCUCCGGCAUCCUUUCGUACAUGGAAGACAAGAUUACUGAGCUGCUGAAGGAGUAUACUCCUGAGGACCUGUGCUACUCGCUGCAGGAGACUGUCUUUGCUAUGUUGGUGGAGAUUACUGAAAGGGCUAUGGCACACUGCGGCUCCGAGGAGGUACUUAUCGUAGGUGGGGUAGGUUGUAACAUCCGUCUGCAGGAGAUGAUGGGUGUGAUGUGCGCUGAGAGAGGGGCGAAGCUGUUCGCUAGUGAUGAGCGCUUCUGUAUUGAUAAUGGAGUUAUGAUAGCCCACGCUGGAGCCCUAGCUUACCAAUCCGGAGCUAAGACUGACUUUGCGGACUCCACCAUCACGCAGCGGUACCGCACUGAUGAUGUACUCGUCACCUGGCGUGAUGAUUAAGUCUUGACGUUUGCAGCAUUCUUCCACUGAAGGAUUUGUCGCGCACGACUGCAGCAGUAGUGGAAAUGGUUUAAAGUAAACUUAAGCUUUUAGAAAACUGUCGAGCGUUAGUCCCGUUAGUGGAAUAUUAUCUUUCACACCGGUGUAUUUAAACAUUUUGUUUAGAAAUUAUUACAAAUAGACAUUUAUAGAACACGCCAAGAUUUCCUAAUUAACAUUACCCUUUUAAGUUGAUAUUUUGCAUCUGAAAUUAUAUCUGAUUUUAAAGCCAACUUAUGACAAUUUUAACAGAACAGUUUGUUGAGUUUAGUCGUCAAAAAUUUACAUGAACAGUUCAAUUGAUAUUUAACCUUUUUUCCGAACUGUUUAAUUAAAAUUGUCAGUAGUGACUAGUAGGCUUAAAAUGUAUAAUAUACAAGCAAUUUAAAUUAAAUUGGUUAGUAAUAUACCUAGAGAGUUUCUACUUUCAACCUUAGAUGUUCAAACUUUCUCGAAAUUUGGUAACAUUUAAGCGGCCAUAUUUAGGCUGAAUUAAAAUUGAUUCUGGCAGAAAUCAAUGCAUAACAGUAACCUUAUUUUAUCUGCAUAAAAUAUGUUAACUACUAGAGUUUUUUUUUUAGGUCAUAGUUAUAUGAUUUUUUAUUGUUCUUUAUCUUUAGUAAAUAAGAAUAGCAGCAGGUCUGUGUAAUUAUAAGUCUUUUCAAGUACAUUUUCAUUAUUUUAAAACAUCCAAAGAAAUUUCUUUAUACACUUGUAUAAAAAUUAUAUAAUCAACAACUAUAAAACAUGACAUUGAAAAUCAUUAAUGUACUUACAAUAUUUGAAUAUAAUUGUUCCUUAUCUUUGGAAAUUAUAGAAAAACAGCAGGUCUGUAUUAAGUAUAAAACACGGCAUUUAAUAAAUAUAAUUAAGAUGUAGCAAGAUUUUAAACCAAAUAUGCUAUAACAAUUUUUUUAUAUUAAUUUAAACUGAAGCGUAUUUGAUCUUUCAAAUGACGACUCGAAUUUGAAAUCGGAUAUCGUAACUAUGAGUUUUAACAGCAGUAACACAAACAUAUAGUCAUCUCUCUCUAAUCCCUUUUGUCGGAAAGAGAACAAUGUGCCAUCUGAAGCUCAGUUACAUUUUUCGUUAUGAAAUCGAGUUUUAUUUGUUUAUUAUCCAGUUUACAAUAUUCCAGUCCAAAGCAUACAGCACUGUACAAAUGGAAUAAUAUAAUCGAACACAAAGUGUAGUUUAGUCUUUGUGCAGUAUGCCAGUUUUCAUUGCAAUUGGUUUGCUGUACUGGAAUAAUGUAAACUGGGCAUUACAAUUCUUUUACAUCUUCAUUCGUAUUUGUUCUACGGAUGUAAACUGCAGGGUUAUUUUUAUUAUUUGAUUAUUGUAGUGAUUACUUUUAAUAUUGAUGUGUAAUAAAAUAAAAUUAAAUCUAA